CGCCGUUUACACACCACCUCCAAGAUGUCUGGCGAGAUUGUUCACCCCACCAUCCAAGAUGGAUGGUUCCGCGAAAUCUCCGACAUGUGGCCCGGCCAGGCCAUGACCCUCAAGGUCGAGAAGGUCCUGCACCACGAGAAGAGCUUGUACCAGGACGUGCUCAUCUUCAAGUCCACCGACUACGGCAACGUCCUUGUGCUGGACAAUGUCGUCCAGGCCACCGAGCGUGAUGAGUUCUCCUACCAGGAGAUGAUCACCCACCUCGCCAUGAACUCCCACCCCAACCCCAAGAAGGUCCUCGUCAUUGGCGGUGGUGACGGCGGUGUCCUCCGUGAGGUUGUCAAGCACGACAGCGUCGAGGAGGCCAUCCUCUGCGACAUUGAUGAGGCUGUCAUCCGCCUCUCCAAGCAGUACCUCCCCCACAUGGCCGUUGGCUUUGAGCACCCCAAGUCCAAGGUCCACGUCGGCGACGGCUUCAAGUUCCUCGACGACUACAAGAACACCUUCGACGUCAUCAUCACCGACUCUUCCGACCCCGAGGGCCCCGCCGAGAGCCUCUUCCAGAAGCCCUACUUCCAGCUCCUGCACGACGCCCUCCGCGAGGGCGGUGUCAUCACUACCCAAGGUUCCGAGAGCCCCUGGCUGCACCUCCCUCUCAUCGCCCGCCUGAAGAAAGACUGCAAGGACGUCUUCCCCGUCGCCGAGUACGCCUACACCACCAUCCCCACCUACCCCUCGGGCCAGAUCGGCUUCAUGGUCUGCUGCAAGGACGCCAACCGCAACGUCCGCGAGCCCCUGCGCAGCUGGACCAAGGAGGAGGAGGAGGAGAAGUGCCGCUACUACAACGCCGAGAUCCACAAGGCCAGCUUCAUCCUGCCCACCUUUGCCAAGAAGGCUCUGGAGUAA